UGUAAACAGAAGGGGGCACAGAAGUAGUAGUAGACUAGCAGUAGUAGUAGCCUAAAUAAUUACAAAAAACCAGAGAACAAAAGUCUUUAUACCCUUUUCUUGGUGUGAUUAUUGGAGAGAGAGAGAGAACCCAAAACCCACCUCUCAUUUUCCAUUUUCCAAGAACUCAACACACAAGAUUUAAGCAACCACAAGCCCAAGGUGGUUGUGAUCAUCACCAUCAUCAUCAUCAGUAUCUUCUUGUUCCUUCAAGUGUUGUGGUAAUACAUACACCAUCAAGAUAAGAUCACCAAUCUUCUUUUUCUGGCUUAGAAAAGUCAAGAAUCCUAUUUUUUCCAUUUUAUGUCUUGGGAGUUUAUAGCAGUGUUCUCUGCAAAUCUUUGUUUCAGAGCAGUAAUUGUGUUGUGUCUCUCUCUCUCUCUGGUUUCUCUCUCUAUAUCUAUUGUCGUAGCUGUCUGCAAAAUCUCUUAUGUGUUAAAGAGAAUUUCAGAGACCCCACCAUCUAUCUAUCUAUACACAGACUGGUAGAUCUUCUCAGAUCUUGUAUCUUCUUCAACCCUAUAUUCGAAUUUGGUAGAAGAGAUUUGAAACAAGAUAUUAGCAGUUGUGGCUACUAGCAGGAGUAGUAGGCUGCCUUCAGAUUCAGGUGCUUUUGCUGACUGGGUUUCUUCCUCAUCAGCUCUUAGAGGUUCUGAUCAAGAUCUUUCGUUAGGUUUUAAUGCCAGCGGUGGUGGUGGUGGUGGUGGAACUACCGCCACCGCUGGCAUGUGGUCGUCCACACAGUCGGCACGGCAAAUCAACUACGGGAUUCCGGAGAUGGGCAUGCUGGGCCUUCGUGAUGUUUUUGUGGUGGCGGACCACCCGCAUUCGGCGAAUGUUAACGCGGCGACACCGUUAGGUAUGGGAGUUGGUGUUAUACCUCUCCUCACCGCCACUCCUUUGGAAGAAAAUAUGUUGAGCACCCGCGGUGGCGGUGGGAGAGGUGGCAACACCAACACCAGUAGCAUUCAGUUUUGGCAGCAGCAGCAACCACAAGCACAUAAUUAUCUGAGCAAACCCAUGAUCGAUCAUGGGUUUCUCCAAGCCGGUGGUGGAUCCACGUCUACGUCAGGAUCCACCAUGACUUGCCAAGACUGCGGCAACCAGGCGAAGAAAGAUUGCAGCCACCGGCGUUGUAGAACUUGCUGCAAGAGUAGAGGCUUUGAUUGUGCUACUCACGUGAAGAGCACGUGGGUUCCCGCCGCUCGUCGGCGGGAACGUCAACUUAUGACACCCACCUCCGUCUCCUCCGCCUCGACUUCUGGACCAAAGAAACCUCGCUUGACUUCACAUACCACCACCACCUCACACACCUCCACCUCCAACACCACACCGCCUAGAAGCUUUGACACUAGUUCCAGUCAUCACAAACAAGAUGCGAGUUUCAAGGAAUCAUUGCCGGGACAGGUGCGGGCACCGGCGGUGUUCAAAUGCGUGCGGGUGACGGCGGUGGAAGACGGAGACGACGAGUACGCGUACCAAGCGAGUGCAACAAUAGGUGGGCAUGUCUUCAAAGGCUUUCUCUACGACCAAGGAGUUGAAACAAGAGAUAGCUUCCCCAACUUCUCGGAACUUCACCUGGGCGCCACCGGAAGUGGGAGGAACGUCGGUGGUUCUUCAUCUUCGCCGCUGCUCGACACGGCCGAUGUUUUUGCAUCAUCCGCUGGUGGUGGAUUGCUUACAGGUUCAACCUACGGUAACCCAAUAAAUUGAUUCUAGUUUUUCUUUUCUUUUUACAAAAAGUGUCGUCUCAGAAACUUCAUGGAACCUGAUUGGCUGCGUGGCAUUGUGUUGUCCAUUGAAAUUCAAAUUAGGGUUUAUCUUUUGGUCUCUCGGAAUAUUGCCCUAAUCCGGUAACAAUUCUUUCAUGUGAUGCUCACUUUUGCUUCUAAAUGCACUAAUAAAUAUAAUUGUUAGAAUAAA